AUGACAGCUUCACCAGAUGUUGUUAAAAAUAUUGAAAGUGGAUUUGCUAAACUUCAAGAAUCAAAAGAAUGCAAAUCAUUACUUAAAAAACAUUUAACUAAACAAGUUGUAGACAAACUUAAAAUGAAGAAAACAAGACUUGGAGCAACACUUCUUGAUGUUAUUCAAUCAGGAGUUGCUAAUCUUGAUUCUGGUGUUGGUGUUUAUGCACCAGAUGCUGAGUCAUACACAACUUUUAAAGAUCUUUUUGAUCCAAUUAUUGAAGAAUAUCAUGGAGGUUUUAAAUCAACUGAUAAACAUCCACCAUUAGAUUUUGGAAAAAACAAAAUUAAUGAGUUUACUGAUCUUGAUCCUGAAGGUAAAUACAUAAUAUCAUCAAGAAUUCGAUGUGGAAGAUCACUUGCUGGGUAUCCCCUUAAUCCAUGCCUUACUGAAAUAAACUACAUAAAUAUUGAAAAAAGAAUAAUAGAAGCAUUUAAUAGUAUUACUGAUCCUGAACUUAAAGGUACUUAUUAUCCAUUAACAGGAAUGCAAAAAGAUACUCAAGAUAAACUUAUUGCUGAUCAUUUUCUUUUUAAAGAAGGUGAUAGAUUUCUUCAAGCAGCUAAUGCUUCAAGAUUUUGGCCAACAGGUCGUGGAAUUUUUCAUAAUGAUCAAAAAACUUUCCUUGUUUGGGUCAAUGAAGAAGAUCAUCUUCGUAUUAUUUCUAUGCAACCAGGUGGAAAAAUUGGAGAAAUUCUUGGAAGACUUAUUAAAGGAGUUGAAACAAUUGAAUCAAAGACUCCCUUCUCUAGAGAUACUAGACUUGGUGGUAUAACAUUUUGUCCUACUAAUCUUGGUUCCACAAUAAGAGCAUCUGUUCAUAUUAAGUUACCUAAACUUUCUUCAAAAAUGGAUGAAUUUAAAAAACAUUGUGAUGAAUUAAAACUUCAAAUUCGUGGAAUACAUGGUGAACAUUCAGAAUCAAAUGAAGGAAUUUAUGAUGUUUCUAAUAAACAACGUUUAGGUUUAACUGAAUAUCAAGCUGUUAAACAAAUGUAUGAUGGAGUUAAAAAAUUAAUCGAAAUUGAAUCAUCUCUUUAA